GAACAGCAAUGCAUGAAUUGUGUAGUGUUGGAAAUUACGAAUCGGUACAUUCGUUGAUACAAAAAGGUUUACCAGUAAACGAGGUAAACGAGUAUGGUAAUACACCACUUCACUUAGCAUCCAAGGAAGGUCAUACAAACAUAGUGGAACUGUUACUAAGUCACGGGGCAACUGCGGUAGUGAAUAAUGGUCAAAUUACCGAAUCAAGACCAUUACAUUUUGCAUCCAACAAUGGCCAUACAGACAUUGUAAGAAUUUUGCUUCAGCACGAAGCAGAUGUACAUGUUGGAAACAUCAUAAAAUCGAGACCGAUACAUUUAGCAACUCAUGAAAACCGCAUUGAUAUUGUUGGAAUUCUGAUCGAAAAUGGCGCAAAAGUCAACGACAUCAAUAAGUACGGUUCCGCUCCACUGCAUUUGGCAAGUUUUAAUAAUCUAACGGAAAUGGCUGAGUUGCUAAUAAAAAAUGGAGCAGAUGUCAAUAAAGCUAAAUUAGACAAACGUACACCACUACAUGUUGCUUGUAGAUAUGGGAACUCGGAAAUUGUAAGUCUAUUGUGUAAAUAUAAAGCAUUGGUAAAUUUACCAGAUAAAUGUGGACGAACACCGUUAUCGUAUGCAGAGGAAAAUAAAUUUGAACAAAUAAUCUCAAUUUUAAAGACAAUAGAUCAUUCUUAAAAACAAAGUAUGAAACUAUAAAUUACGUGUUAAUGCUUUUGUCGUUUGCUGUAAUUAUAUAUGCCGUUGUGUCAUAUCUUACUUUUACAUCACUAUUUUUGUAAAUAUUUAUCUAUCAUUGAAUAUUUUCGUCAGUUAACUUGUAAUUUUGAACUAUGACAUCCUAAAGGUUAAACAUGCGUUAUCCUUUUUUUACGACCGGUGCCGUUAUGGUGCAGGAAACACUUACCCUUCUGGAAAACCUGAU